UCCCAUAGCUCGGCGGCGCCCACUCCCCCUCGCCUCUCGGGCCGCACCGGUCUCUUCCCUCAGCGCGAAACAGGCGCACGCAGGGCAUCCGCCGGCAAAUGAGGCCGAGAGCGAUCCAGCGCCUGCAUCCCUUGCCUCUCCGAUCACACCGGUCUGCUGCCUAAGCACGAAGUGGGUGCAUGCAUGGCGGCCGCCGGCGAGCGAUCCGGUGGCGCUAUGGCGCAUGCAUCCCUCACCUCUCCGAUCGCACCGGUCUGCUCCCUAAGCACGAAGUGGGUGCAUGCAGGGCGGCCGCCGACGAAAGAGCCCGCGGCGCGGCGGUCUGCUCCUUACCGAUUUGAGAUCCGCACUGGUCUCCUCUCUGCUGGCCAUUCUACGGGAAAGAUCGCUGAGUACUUCAUCUAAAUCUGCCGCAAACGACCAGCACUCUGUGUCAAGAAGUGGGAGUAUUUCCUCCCUCACACAUGCUCCCUGCCUCACAUGUGAUGUCAUGAAAAUGGACGGAUGUGAUAGCGAAGGAACCAGAGGGAAUGAUACUACUGUAUCAGCAAUGGUGUUGAUACGUAGAAGAUACAAAAAUGAGGAAGAUACUAAAAGACACAUAGAUGAGUAACACAGAUGAGAAAUUCAUAUGCCCAUCAUGUCUUGGAUGAGAAACAGUAUGAAAACUUCAAUGAAAAAUUCAGCACUGCCAAACCAUUUGGAAAUGCUACCAGAAAUGAAAAACAAUUAGGGGGUAGAUGCACUAGAGGAAGGAAAGAGGAGCUCCAGUUUGAUCCCAUACUUUGUGUCAUAAUUUCAUAUCGAUUAAUUCUUGUGUCUCAAUGAUUCACUCUAUAAUUCUCAUUGACGAACU